AUGGUAGCGUCUGCGAAAACGGACAAGUCAAAACCACCUGUCUUUCAUCAGCUUGAACUAGCGCGAGGAUGGCGCAUCAUACGCGAGCAUGUCAAGCUUCGCAUCGACCUCGACCGCCGAACUAUCGCUGGUACAGCCAAAUUCGAGUUUUGCGCGCUCAGCAAUCAGUUCGUCAACAUCGCUCUCAAUUUGCGCCGCUGCCGCGUCACCUCAUGCCUCAUUAACGACAAACCGGCUUCGUUCCGCAUCGUCAGUCCACUGGAUGAUGAUAAGCUUCUCGCUGCGGUUUCCUCCGAUACCGCCCGUCACAGAGUUGCCAACAUCGAACACAGCGUUCGAUUGCGCGAGGAUGCGUCUGCCAUACAAGGAGAGCUGGUUGUUGAUUUACCGGCCGCCAUUUCUGCUGACAUCAUUGACGAAUUAACAGAAGCUUUUCAAAAGGCUAGCCCUGAUGCAGAUCUCAUUCAGAAUCCCCCGGAAUUCACUGCCGUCCCUGCCCUUCCCCUUGAACAUCUCCCAGUAUUGACUCUUAGGAUAGACUACGAAGCCUACGAACCAAGCGCAGGUGCCGUGUAUUUCGGAAAUCAAGAUGCCUCAAACCCUGUCAUCGAUCCUGUUUAUAUGCUCACCGAUAGCAGGUUUGGCAUGGCACGUUUCUGGAUGCCCUGCAUUGACUCAAUGCAAUGGUGCGAUCGUUAUCUGUUUGACUUUGACAUUGCUGUCAAGUCAAGUUUACUCGUCAUCGCCUCAGGCGAACUCACAGAGACUGUUAUCUACACCGCAGGGAACGAUUCAGAGUUCCCUACUGACGAUCCCAUAAAAGUCUUCAAGUACCGGCUACUCGCACCGGCCCAUGCUUCAGAGGUUGUCAUCGCAGUCGGAGAUUUCGUCCCUUUACCAGACCCAGCUUUGUCAAAGACUGUUACAUAUUUCUGCCUUCCUGGCCUUGCGCGCGAACUUGUACAUACAUGCCCUCCGCUUUUCGCGAAGGCCCUAGCGUUCUGUCGGGACUAUUUCGGAGCAGACCCCCCGACGAGUUCGUUCAAACACGUGUUCGUAGGUUCUCUUGGAAGAAAUGCGGGCACAACCACUACAGGGGCUGGAGGUGUUGUCGUUUAUUCUGGAGAUAUUCUGCAUGAUUCUAGAUCAAUUGAUGAAGCAUUCAUCGCGAGGGAGGCGGUCAUGUCGGGCCUCGUCAUGUCGUAUUUUGGUCGCUUUCUUCGUCCACGGCAGGCCGAAGAUGACUGGCUCAUAUGUGGCCUUGCUGCUCAUGUCACCACUCUCGGGCUCGGCGCAAUUCUCGGUCGAAAUUGGUAUCGGUUCCGUAUCAUGGACCUCAUGGACAUGCUCAGACAAGAAAAAUCCGUCGAUUUGUCAGACGUCAAGAUUAAUCGUGUAACAGACGAGACGCUCGAUUCUGUGAAGAGGAGAUCUCAUGUCAUUGUGUAUAUGAUUGAAAAGAGGAUCGGGUGCGAUGUAUUGAAGCGAGCACUACGCGACAUUGUCGCGGAGGGUCGGAGCAUCAUUGCAUCUUUAGUGAGAGUAUUCGAUACUUUCCAAGAAAAAGCUCUUGAGAUGCUGGACGACAAUCGGGUACGUCUUCCGAUGACCAUUGAAAGGCGGCGAGAUCGUACGCUUAUUGAUUUGACAGGGAAGGAUCCAGAACAAAGCGGCUCAUCCAGUGUCGUUUCAAGUGGUUUCGACGAAGCCUUGCAAGGGGUCAGCGUUGGGCCAUUUUUGAAGCGGUUAAGAGCGAUUUGCGGAACAGAUCUCCGGAGCCUCGUAAGGCUCUGGGCCGCAUCGACAGGGGUUCCCCGGUUACGGAUUGGCUAUCAGUACAACCCAAGGAGACAUUGUCUUGAGUUUGCAGUGAAGCAGGAAGGAAUUGUUAAAGGAGAGACUUAUGACGGUCGAGAAGGCCUUGUGUUUACUGGUAGUCUACACGUACGAGUCAUGGAGAUAGAAGGAGCAUCCGAGCACACGGUCGAAAUUAGAGAUCCAUUUGUCGUGAUUGAUGUGCCCUGCCAUUCGCAUAGGGCAAAACACAAAUCUGCCUCCCAAGCUGAGAAGGAGUUCAACGAAAAUCCUGCGCGUGCGUCUCCCGUGCUUUGGGUUCGAAUCGACCCAGAUGCUGAGUGGUGCAUUGAUGUCGUGUUCAAGCAAAGCGAAGAUUCGUGGACUGCGCUCGUGAAGGGGGAAAGAGACGCAAUGGGUCAGGUAGAAGCAUGUCGUGGACUGCGGGGUUUCAAGAGCGAAGCGUCAGCCAAGGCCUUAUUGGUCAUCGUUGAAGAUGAGCGACUGUAUUGGCGAGUGCGUGCGGAAGCUGCACGAGUAUUAGCAACGUACAAAGGAGGGCUUGGUAUGCUUCUGAAAUAUUUCCGUGAGUUCUACUUCGAUAGCAGUUCUGGUAAGCUUGGGUUGGUUCGACCAAAUCACUUCUCAAACUUUGCGAACUACUUUGUCAAGCGAGCUAUGAUUGGAGCGAUUGUGAAUGCCCGUGAGGACAGUCCGAAGGUUGGGAAUUUUCAACCUACGUCUGUACCGAUUGAAGCGACUGAAUUCCUUUCAUUUAUGCUGUCUACAAACGACAACACUCGCAAUCCUUAUGAUGAUGACCACUACGUGGCUGACCUCAUCAAGGCAUGUGGCAAGGUAGGACUGAUAUGCCUAGAGGACCCGAAGCAUGCCAAAGCUGGAGAGGACAACUGCUCGACAACUGACUCAAUUUCUAAGCAACUGGAGAGGUAUAAGGCCAUCGAGGAACUGGUCCCUCGUAGGACUGGCCUGGUUUCAUGUGCAGUGAUGAAUGCCUUGUGCGACAUCGAAGUGGCGAAGCUUGCACUUCAGAAUCGCACAGAGAACGGAAAAGUAACUCACUCUAUAUUGCAGGCUCGCUUUUCGACUCGUCCUGUCAUUCUGCGAAGUAUUGAAUCGCUUGCACGAAGAGAGUGUGCUCAUGACACCCGUCUUGCGGCACUGUCAUGUCUUGCUAGAGCCUACUCUGGAGACCUCGAGGUCGCAUUGUGGUUGUUAGGCCGCUGCGAUCGCAAUAGUUCCUAUGAGGAGCUUGUAGACUUGCAUCGUAUCCGCCGUGAGCACGAUGAAUCCUCGAAAUGGGGUUUCAUCGAAGCACCUUCUUUUCGUUACAGAGUGCUGGACAUUCUCACCAACGCAGCUAUGUCGGAUUCAUGGGGGGUCGAAUCCUCCCCUCUACUACUCGCGGUACGGCGUCAUACGAAGCGGGCGAUGCAGCUUUGCACUCGGAUUCUCCGGUUGAGCGUGGGAGAGGCCGAUCCAAGGGUGCGAGCGGCUGCCUUACGCUUUGCAAAAGUCGCUUGGGGUAUCGCAGUGCCAGUGUGCCUUCUCAGGCGCUCGGAGUAUGCCCAUGCCAGGCGAACUGGACACUCAUUACCGGUAGCUAAGGCAGUAGAGGUCGUGCCCUUGCAGACCAACGGAAGCACAUCGAUUGUUCAAGGACCUCAGCUGCAGGGGUCACUACUGAAGGCUCCCAAGAGCGGAAAGGCAUCAAAAAGUAACAAAAGUGCGAAGAGUGGCAAGAGAAAACUGUCACUUCCGAAGAGUGCCAUAAUUGCGGAGCCCUUGUCAGGACGAGAUCACAGCCGUAGAGGGACAAUAGAUGUAGACGCAUGGGGCACCCGUCCAAAGUUAGCGAGCACAGUUGUGACAGAACCGGAAAUCAAAAAGCCAUCCUCAGGAGUGUCUGCCUCGCAACCAGUCCCCGUCAUUGAUUUGGACAAGAAGCCCAUCUCGAUUGGCAUACCGAAAAGCAUCCCCGCCGUGCCAAAGUCAGCAAUCCCAAAAAGCGUGCCAAACGUUUCUCGGGUGAAGAAGUCUCCUGAUGUGCCGAAAAGUACCGUUAAGGCGAGCUCGUCCAAAGGAAUACCAAAGAGCAUUCCCAAUCGUGUACCUUUUAGUAUUCCCAGAAGCACGCCAGGUAUCCCAAGAAGCGUCCUAAGUAUUCCGAAAAGUGUGGUCGGUAUCCCGCAUAGCGUACCUCGAAAUUCUGUGGUUAUCCCGAAGGCUGUUGCAGCUGGGCUACCGAAAAAGGUUCCCUUUGACUGGGAUCCGCUGGAUCAAGAAGACUUCGAAUUCUUCAAGAAAGUUGUGCAGCAAAGGAGAGAAGGGAAGCUGAGACAAAAAGCUCGCGAGGCUGAGACUGAAAAACUUGCACGAGAUGCGAAUAAAGGAUCAGAACAUCCCCCCAACGGUGCUGAAGCUGACAUGAAGAGAAAAAAGAAGAAGAAAAAGAAGAAGCGUCGCCUUGAAGGUGAGGAGGGCCGCAAAAAGCGGAAAAAGAAGCGAAAGCAUCACGACGACGAAGGGGAGAGGUAUACCGAGCCAAAUUUUGAUCCUGACUUUACGUCUAGCACACCCAGUGCUCUGCCAAAUGGGGGCAGUGCGUCGGGUAGCAGCCCCAAAUUUGGGAAGAUGAAGGUGAAACUAGCUCCGGUAUCGUCUGUAGAUAGGGAUUCUUAGCGGGAAUGUGUAAAGUACAAUUUUGGAGAGCUUCGAAA